CACCGUUGCUUCACUUCCUCUUUUGGCUUGAUUUACAGAAACACCAUCACAAACUACUUAUUAUUAGUGUCGGUCUCACAGUUUCUCAGCUCUGCUCACAGAAAUGGACAAAAGCGUUCAAGGCGGUAAAGCAUAUGGUCUUCUGAAGUCUCAACAGGAAGACAAGUUAAACUCCAUAAAUGAGGCCUUUCUGACAGAUACCAAGUAUGCAGAUGAGGAAGACCUGGCUUCAAAGCUUGAAAUGUUUAAAAAGAAAUACAUGGAGUUUGAUCUCAAUGACAAAGGGGAAAUAGAUAUGAUGGGUCUGAAACGAAUGCUGGAAAAACUUGGACUGGCAAAGACCCACUUAGAGCUAAAGAAGAUGAUGUCCGAGGUGGCCGGAGGGGCGUCAAAGGACGUUAUCUGCUACAACGACUUCCUCAAUAUGAUGCUGGGAAAAAGAAAUGCUAUUCUGAAGCUAAUCUUGAUGUUUGAAGGAAAGGGGAAAGAGCAGGAGCAGAAAGAGACUGGACCACCUUGCCGGAAAACCUUCUCAGACCUGCCCUGAAAUGAAUUAACUGCAGAAGAAAACCACCAUGAAAUUUAUCUCUCAGACAAAACUAUGAAAACAGCCCCAACUUUGUCUUGUAAUGUUUUACUUUUUAAAGUGUUUCACUCUACUGCGUGUACAUUACUAAAUUAACUUAGUGAAAUGCAAAAAUAUGUACCACCGUUUAUUGUGAUGUUAUUUGAACGUCAGUAAAAGUUGAA